GAAUACCUUUCGCGAGCAUGCGGCUGCCAGUCGCUGCGGGCCGCCACAGCGCAAUUGACAAUUCCGCUCACCGAAGCGCCUUCACCAGUAAUUGCGGUCGAACAAAGCUUGUCGCUGGACGUCCUUUGACAUACACCGCCUCCGCCAGCGAGCUCGUGCAGCGACAGGCCGACGUUGCGGCGCGUGUAGCGAUGCCCUCGGCCGACGCCGCUCGCGCCCCGGGGACGCCCGCUGCGCCUACCUCGCUUCCAGACGUCACCGCUAGCACUGGGCCUGCCAAAUCCACGCGCGCUAGCAAUGAUACUGGGCCAAAGCGGAACGUGCGGGCGGACGAGGCCGCGGCCGCGGCAAAGGCCGCGGCAGAGGAUGAGUAUGCUGCCACUGGGGGGCCGCUGCGGACCAAGCGCCCGCCCGGCAUGAUAAAGCGGAGCAUCGCCAUGCACGUGGGAUACGUGGGCACGGCAUUCAAUGGCCUGCAGGUGAACCGCGAGUCGGCCUCCGACAGCACGGUGGAGGCCGUACUGGAGCGGGCGGUGUACGGCGCCGGGCUGAUCGCGGAGAGCAACUUCGGAGACCUCAAGAAGAUCAAGUGGACGCGCAACAGCCGCACGGACAAGGGCGUGCACAGCGUGUCCACCGUGGUUGGGCUGCGUGUGCUGCUGGGAUCGGACGAGCGGUUCGACACGGACCCGGAGGGACUGGAGAUUGCCGCCGCGCUCAACGGGCGGCUGCCGCCCGCGGUGCGCGUGUUCAGCGCGCAGCGAGUCAACAAGAAGUUCAACGCCCGCAGGUUCUGCUUCGACCGAACCUACGAGUACCUGCUGCCAGCCUACCUGCUGGUGCCACCGCCAGCGGGUGGCAGUAGCAACAACAGCACGGCAGCAGCAGUAGCAGCAGCACAACGGGAUUUGGAUCCCGCGGAGGUGUCGGCGGCGCUGGAGCGGCUGCGGCAGGCGCUGCAGUGCUACGUGGGCACACACCCCUUCCAGAACUACACGGCGCGGCGGAAGACCUACACAGACACAGCCAAGGACCGGGAAGCGCGGAAGGCCGCGCGCGAGGCAGCUGCGGCGGGGGCGGCGGAGGCAGCGGGGGCAGGGGCGGGCGUGUCUACGGCGCCGGCGGCUGACGAAGUUGAUGAGCUGGAGGCCGCGGCGGAAGCUGCUGCUGCUGCUGCCGCUGCCGGCGCGGCGGCGGGAGAGGACGUGGAUGAUUCUGAGGAGGACGCCGAGGGGGAGGGCGCCAAGAAGUCGGUGCGGCAGCGGCGGAAAGAGGCCAAGGAGGCGCGGGCGCAGGACGACCCACUCGAGGAGGACGAGGGGGAGGAGGUGGACGGCGCGCUGGAGGAGUACGAGGCGGAGGAGCCCGGCGGCCCGCCCCGCGCCUGGACGCAGUCGUGUCACUGGCUGUACGAGAGGAGCGCGGACCGGCGCGACCGCGUCACGGUGCGCCACUUCCGCUCCAUCACCUCCUUCACGGCAGAGGAGCCCGCGCCGCUGGUGCUGGGCGGCAUCCCCUGCGUGCGGCUGCGUGUCCGCGGAAUGAGCUUCAUGCUGCACCAGAUCCGGCACAUGAUCGGCGGUGCGUUGUCGGUGGCUCGCGGCAUGCUGCCGCUGGAGCUGCUGGCGGCCUCGCUGUGCGCACACUCGCGCGUGACGGUGCCGCGCGCGCCGCCGCACACGCUCAUCCUGGCGGACUGCACCUUCCCCCAGUUCCGCAAGGCGGGCGCCGACGAGGCACGUGUGGCUCGCUGGUCCGGCGAGCGGCUGAUGCUGCGGCAGGGCGGGCAGGACAACCUGGCGGCAUUCCGCGCGGAGUCUCUGGACCCCGCGCUGAACGAGCUGCUGAGCCACCCCGACUGGGAGCGCUUCGAGACCUGCCUGCCGCGCUUCUACUGGGACCCGCAGGCCCAGCAGGAGGUCAUUGCCGCGCACAAGAACUGGGAGGCGCUGCGGGCGGAGCGGGCCGCAGCAAAGAAGCGUGAGGCGGAGGAGCUGGCGGCGGCGGAGGCAGCGGCCGCGGCCGCGACGGCAGCGUCUGCGGUGGAGGGAGGAGUGGUGGAGGGAGCAGCGGCGGCGGAUGGCGCUGCUGCCGCCCCCGCUGCUGAGGUGGUGGCGUGAGCUGUGUCCGGGGAGGUGCGAGGUGUUGGGUUUCUGAGGGAGGUGUACGGCUUGUGGGCGAGGUGCGUGAGGCUGCCUCGGCCUGGACGCUGAGAUGCUGUGUCGUGGUUACAACCGAGAAUGUGCAGUAAGCAGCGGGCGAGGGCUGUGCAGAGCCCUGUAGCAAAGUAGCUGUGGAGAUGGCAUUGCGCUGCCUGUUUGUGUCCAAGUGUACGACUGUACGUUGGCAACCCUGCUGCAGCGCAGACCUCAAGGCCGUGCGGCACGGCGUGCCACGGCCCCACGCUCGGGUUGCGAUGUGCUGCAUUGCACGGGUCUGGAGGGUCUGGUUGGAGGCUGGGGAGAGCAGAAGGGUAGGCCGGCGGGUGUCGUUGGUUGCACGUCUGCAGACUUUGGGGCUCAGCCCCCAAAACAGCGGCCCCUUACUUGUCCGGCAGCGAAGCAGGCGCAGGGUAUUACCUCAUUACCUGUCGGUUGCCUUAGGCCUUAAUGAGCCAUGUGAUGACCUAAUGAUGAAUGUGUUCAUGUGAGUAGCACGGCGAGCUGGGCCUAUGGAGUGCGGACCCUGUAACCGCUUGCUGAC